AUGCAAUGUGCCUGUUUCCUGGAAGGUGUUGCGCCCUUCUAUAAUGACCGUGUUACACUGAGGGGAUGGCAGAGGAUUGAUGUGUAUGUGGCUGAUGUUGGACGAGUUUGUGACCCUGUGGAUCCUGCUCAUGGGCUACAGCAGGCAUUUGACGACGAUGUUGUGGCUCUUUUUGAUUUGGGACAACAUGACACAGCGGGCAGCAGUUGGGCGGAAGCGCGCCAAGAGCUGUUUGACCGGGCUCUUUUCCAUGCUGAAAUGGAUGAUCAUUUCGAUGCCUUGGUGGCACAUAUGGCGCACCUUGCGCAGGUCGUCCUUUUUUUGGCGGAUGGACAAGAUGCCACGCAUGGUUUUGUCAUUCAAAAUUGGCGUGGGCAGUCGUUUGUGAACAUGGUGGAGCAUAGGUGGGAGCACUUGGGAGGCCUGCAGUGGGACUUUAUCAUGCUCCGACUCAUGCCCUCCAUGUUCGACUACCACGGGCGCAUGAUAAUGUUGAUCAUCCCGCCAGCAGUCCUCCUGGAACAGAAUGCCUACCCGGAGGUGGUGAUUGAGUGGACCUUUCAGCUGCGUCAACGGGAUCAGGCAACCUGCCUAUGGCAGAAUGCGGACUUGGCAUACAACUUGUCCCCAGCUGGCCUUCCGCCGGAUGUGUUCGAAGAAUGCUACAUGAAGGAAGGCAGGGUCUUUUAUGUGGCAUCGGAGACUGCUGAUUUAGUGCAUAUCGUUGCGGAGCUGGAGUUGGUUGGUCUUCAGCGGGACAUAGCCCCACAUGUGAAGGUGCUUCAGACCCCAACGAUGGUGACUAAGGGCUACCUCUACCAGCAAUGGUUCAAUGUGGCCCAGCUUGAAGCCGCCAGUGAUCUUCCUCUAGUGUACCGCAAUGGACAACCUGUACACCAAGACGCUUUUGAGGUCAAAGAGAGCGACUACAUCCUGGUCAAGGUCUUGGAUCCUGAGGAUAUCAGGGAAAUGAAGCGGCAACGACAGUGCCCUGCUGGUACAAGUUCUUCAGAUUCAGCACCGUUGGAGGCGCUCACUCCGAGUGCUCAGGCAGCUGUUGGGCCAAGUUUGAUGCAGCAAAGUCGUUCCCUUGGUCCACACCGCACUUUUGCUGAUAUUCUUGGUGGACGUGAAAGAUCAAGAUCCCCCCCAGUUGGCGUGGACACUUUGAAGGUUUAUGGGGAGAACCUUCUUGUCAAGGAAUGCCCUUGUGCAACGAACACGUGGAUGCACGCUGCACGCACCUGCAUCCUUGGGCCUGAUUGCCUUGCCUUGCCGGGCUAUGUGAUGGAGAAUGCUUAUGUCAUGGAGAUCUACCCCCCACUGAAAGAACCAAGCCGUGUGGUGCAUUCGUUCCUCUUCGCCUCUAGUGGAACUCUGAGACCUGGGCAGGCGCUGAUCUUUGUGGAACUCAUUGAGAACGUCCCCAAUACCAUUGGUGAGGAGGCAGGUGGCCACACGACCAACUCACACCUUUGCUUCAAUGGCCAGAGUGAGACUCCCUCCACCAGGCAGGUGAUCUCCUUAGCUGACUUGAUUGGUAUGAAAUUCCGCCCGGUGUACAAGAGAGAACGUAAUGAGCAUCAACACCAGUAUGGCGUGGACUGUCAUGAGGUCAUUCAGGCCAUGGACUGGUUCAAUUGCCAUGCUUGCAUCCCGCUCUUCCCGAAUGACAUUUCAUGGAAGGCUUGCACGGACCCUUGGGUGAAGCUGCCUUGGUGGGAGGGGGCACCUCCUCAGGAGUUACACUUCUACCUUGACGGUUCCUCAAUUGACCAUCAUGCAGGAGCGGCGGUCACUCUCUGGGUUUACGCGGAAGCUUGGCAAUGGGCUGGUGCACUCAUGCACAAGUUAGAUGAUGGCCGGAAUGCGUAUGAAGCGGAGGUGGUUGCACACAUGCUGAUGAUGAAAUGGGUGCAUGAUCUGUGGAGGACACACGGCAGACGGCAAUGCACACUUAUGGACACCGGGGUGAUCCUGGUAACGAGGCAGCAGAUUCUUUGGCCAAGUUUGCUGCUCUACAUCCUGGGGUUCAAGAAUCGUUUUGGCAAGGCUUCUGUUCGGAGAGUACAAUGGUUUUGGAUCUUAGCUCGACCUGAUCUACGAGAGUACUGGCAUGCAGGCCGCUUGCAGCCGCCUCAGCCUCAGCCAGAAGCAGAUGAGCAAGUGUUGCGAGAGCUGCGUGCCUGGCAAGCUUCAACCACACCGAAGUCCUCGUUAUGCCUGCAGUUGAAGACCGUCUCAUGCAAUGUCUUCACCCUUUCCAAAAAGUAUGUCUCUUCUUUGGCGGCAGCUGUGGGGUUCUUGGAUCAAUGCCAUGGCAAGGACAUUGCGGUGGUGGCCUUGCAGGAGACAAGAUUGAAGAGGACUCGUCUGGGGCACUCGGACUACAUCGUCGUGGCGCACCCUAGUCUGAAAGGCAAAGGUGGUGUCUUGCUAGCCUUGCAUCGGCGACUUCUGCGCAUCGAUGGUGAACAUGGACCAAAGGAGGCGCUUGCGGAGAAGCACAUUUCUGUUGUUGCGAGCACCCAUGAGUUGCUGAUUGUCAGAGUUUGGUACGGUUCUCUUGAUGUUCUGAUGGUUGUGGCACAUGCACCUCACACAGGACGCCCUUUUGCUGAAGUAGAGGCCUUUUGGGGUUCCAUUGCCACUUCCAUUCCUGCAUAUCUCAAAUCGAAUGACAUGCUGGUGUUUGCAGAUGCAAAUGGGCGGCUGGGCUCUCGGACUUCCGAGGCAGUGCAAGGAUGCAAUGCUGAGGAGGAAAAUCCGAAUGGAGCAUGUUUUCAUGAAUUUCUCCAAACUUGGCGCUUGUGGGCGCCGGCGACCUUCGAUGCCUUCCACACUGGGCCGGGCUUCACGUGGACGCAUCCUAAUGGGGGGCAGAGCCGGAUAGAUUACAUUGCUGUGCCUGUGCGGUGGUUCUUUUCAUGGACUGACCUCCAGCCUGCGCAUGGACAUCUUCACGAUCAUCAUGCUGUAUGUUUGGAGUUCCAAUGCCAUUUGGAAGGUCGUGAUGCUUGUCAGCAUGUGCAACGGCCGGUGUCUCUUCAGCAUUUGGGAGAAGCUGCAGUGGCGCAGGAGCAAAUGGCAAGGGUCAGCCACAUGCCGCCAAUCGAUUGGGCAAUGGAUGUGCACCAGCAUGCUCACGAGCUCACGAAGCGCUUUUCUUCUGGGGUUCAUGCAGUGGUUCCCAAAAGAUUGCCCUUUCACCGAAAACUUCAUUUCUCGGCAGUGACUCGCAGGGCUAUUCUGCACAAAGCCCAUCUACGCGGUCGUCUCCUUCGAUUAGAAUACGGGAGACGGCUAUUGCUUCUGCGGGCUUGUUUUGCUGCUUGGAGAACCAAUGAAACUGAGAUGGGGCAGAUGUUGACAGACAUGGGUCAGGAGGAUAGACAUCUGGCAUGCACUUGGGUGUCUUUGUUCUUGACCUUUCGUCGGGUGCGAAACAGUGCGACAGCUUUGCAGCGCUACGACACACAGGUGUUCUUUGACGCCUUGAAGGAUGAAUGGCACAAUUGUGAUCAACCUGGGAAAACCAAAGAGCUUUGGACCCUGGUGAAGAGGCGUCUUCCGCGCCACAAGACACGUCAGCAUGCUCGCCCGGCAGUUCAGCAUGAAGAACUUAGGGAUCAGUGGAGGCCUCAUUUAGAACGGCUUGAGGCUGGAGCUUCUGUGCGCUUGGAAACUCUAUACCAGGAGCUACUCAGUGAUGAUCCUCCAUUUGAGGCCAGCAUGCAGAUGUGUGCCUUAGAAGAGAUUCCUCCCCUGGUUCAGGUUAAAAACUCAUUGCGGGCCACACGGCCGGGGAAAGCGGCUGGGCCUGAGGGGCUGCCUUCUGAAUGGAUUCAUGCAGGUGCUGAUUCUUUGGCACCAUGGGUCUUCGAUCUGAUUCUCAAGAUGAUCCUCACGACCCAAGAACCCAUCCCAUGGAAGGGCGGGAUCCUUCAGGCGUUUUCCUACUUCGGCUGA